AGUAAUUAUUGAUAUGGAAACGAAUUUUAAAAAUAUAAUAUAACAAAUUAAUAUAUUAUUCAAAUAUAAAAAUUUUGUAGAUUUCAAAGGUUACUAUUAACUUUUCUCAAUUUGUUUGUUCUGUAUUGUGUAUGUAUUUUGAAGAAAUAAAUUUUAUUUAUUGAAUUUGCAUAAAUUUAGUGUAAUAGCAUAAAUUUUCGUUUCUAAUAUUUAAUUAAAGUAAAGUAUAACAAGAAUAACAUGGAAGAUGUCAAUGCAAAACGAAAUGCUAGAAGAAGACGAAUUUUAGAAAAUUCUGAAAAACGUUUAUUAAAAAUUACUGGCAAAGACGAUAAUAAAUCAAAAGCUCAAAUCAUUGUUAAAGACAUACAAAAAGAAACUUCAUCUUUACAUAUAAAUAAUGAAAUAUCAGGUAUUGACAAUACUUUUAAUUGGUCAAAAAAUUCAUCACCUUUAUUAUUAACAAAUCGUAUAAAUUACAUAUUAUUAGCUGUUAUUGUUAAUAUAUUACUAAUAUUACAAUUGGAUCAUUUAUUUGGAAAGACAAUUACAAUACCAUAUUUUCCAAUCAUGUUGGGACGUCUAUAUAAUUAUAAAAAUACACGAGAAAUGCAAGAAAAUAAUCUAUUAUAUACUGCUUUGAUUUUAUGCAAUAUCAAUCCUGAAUUAACUUAUAGAUUAAAAAAAUUAAUAACAAUAAGUCGUAUGAUACUUGGAGAUUUAGCUUUAUAUAUUUUCAGUUUUACAUUAAUACAUUAUGGAUUCUUUUAUUGUUUACAUAACACAGAUAUUCCUAUUACUUUAACUGUGUAAAUUAUAUAUGAACAUAUAUAAACAAAUUAUUUCUUUUAAAUCUUUUUAAAAUAUAAAUAUAUCAUAUAUUUAAUUAAAUUUUUAUAG